UAAACCCUGAGCACAUUUUCUUCCACCUGCGCCACCUGUCCACUCCAACCCUCUGCCGCCGUUACACCGUCUCCUUUCGCCUCCUCCGCUGUCCCCGUCGACUAGAUAGACUUCGUCUUCGCCUGCUGUCCCUGCUGUUCCUGCGUCGCCCUUCGCCAUUCGCCGGCUGAGCUGUACCCUUCGCCGCCGCCUCCCUUCGGCUUCGCUUGCUGUUCCUGCGUCUUCAGCUUCCCUUCCUCUUCUCGGCCUCGUCAACACUUCACCCUGCUCCAUUUGCUCCACGGCACUUCGUCACCCAUCUCCUACACUCUGCCUUCACCAAGAGAGAGGGAGCUUCUGCGGUGCUACGACGAUGGCACUUCAGAUUUUGUGAUGGCAGUUUUGGGCGGAGAAACGUGGCCGAUUUGUGGUUCUCUGGCAAUGUGGAUUAUGCUAUUUGGUUUGUUGACCACAUGGAUAACAUGGGAUAUCAACCCGACAACCACUCUUUUGGAGCAAUCAUAAAUGGAUUGUGCAAGAUUGGCAAAACCCCUGCUGCCAUUAUGAUUCUAAGGAAGACAGAAACAAGAAACUGCAAACCAAGUGUUGAUGUUGCAGGUUAUAACGCAAUUCUGGAUAGUCUUUGCAAGGAUGGGAUGGUAUCUGAGGCUUUGAGUCUAUUCUCGGAAAUGACAACGAAAGGUAUACAACCCUCUACGAUCACUUACAAUCGCUUGAUUCAAGGACUCUGUACUUUCAGCAGAUGGCAAGAGGCUGCGUCUUUACUGAGCGAGAGGAAACAAAAGGGAAUUAUGCCCGAUACAUAUACUUUCAAUAUUUUGGUGGAUGCUCUUUGUAAAGAGGGAAAGAUUUCAAGUGGUAGAGCCAUACUUGGUCAAAUGGUUCGAAUGGGAGAGGAGCUUAACGUUGUCACCUAUAACUCAAUGAUUGCUGGUUAUUGUUGCCAAAAUCAAAUGGAGGAGGCCAUGAAAGUAUUUGAUUUGAUGGUUCACAAGGGAUGCCUACCAGAUGACAACACUUAUACUACAUUAAUCCAUGGAUGGUGCAAGAUCAAAAGGAUUGAUAAGGCUAUUUAUCUCUUGGAUGAAAUGAUCAAUAAAGGUUUAAAUCUGAAUGUUGUGACUUGGAAUACUCUUAUCUAUGGAUUUUGCAAAGUGGGGAAACCGUUAGCUGCUAAAGAAUUGUUUUUUACAAUGCACAAGUUUGGUCAACAUCCUAAUUUACAGAGCUGUGCCACUAUAUUGGAUGGCCUAUUCAAAUGCCAUUUGUUUUCUGACGCAAUAUCAUUAUUUAGAGAUAUGGAGACAAAUAAUUUGGAUCUUAAUAUUGUAAUUUACAACGUGGUGCUCGAUGGGAUGUGCAAUACUAGAAAACUAAAUGAUGCAUGUGAACUCUUCUCUUGUCUUCCAGCAAAAGGCUUGAAACCUGAUCUAUAUACUUAUGCAAUAAUGAUCCAAGGUCUAUGUAGGGAAGGACUUGUGGUUGAUGCUGAAGAGUUACUGAUGAAUAUGGAAGAUGAUGGCUGCUUGCCAGAUAGCUGCACAUAUAAUGUCUUCGUCCAAGGAUUACUGCGUAGAAAUGAUGUGCCAAGGUCAAUAAAAUAUCUUCAGAUUAUGAAAGACAAAGGUUUUGCAGCAGAUGCCACCACCAUGGAAUUGCUUGUAGAUUAUAUCUCUGCCCACAAAGAAGAGAAUGCUUUUCUGGAAUUUGCACAGAAAAUUGUUUGAAUAUAUGAAUAUAAUCUCUUAGUUCAUUAUUUGACUUGAGGAUUUGAUGUUUGGAUAAGUUUGUCUGGACUUGUUGAAGAAUAUGAACUGACACUACCAUGCUGCUCUUUGAUUUCAAAUUGUCCACAGCAGAGCAAGAAUCUCCUUCCUGAGAAGGUUAGCUUAUUCUUCAUAUUUCAACCAAAGCUCAAUGAUGCAAAAUCACAUAUCAAAGAUGGAAAAUAUGCGAUGCCUUGGUGUCACUUGGAAAUUGUAAUUAUGUAAAAAGUAUUUUGUUUAUCACAGCUUACAUGCCAUUGUAAUGGCCAUUUUGCCCCUAAUACUUGCCGAGGACUUUUUAUGUCAUUUCAUUUUGUAAAUGUUGAGGCCUGGCAGCCGCUGGUGGGUGCAAAUGUGUACAUAUGAA